CAGGCGCUAGGCCCCUGUGCCGCUCGCCUCUUGCUGUUCCCCACCGGCUCCGCAGCCCCCCGGAGGGCGGGGAGAUGCAGCCCCCGGGCCCCCAGCAGCCGCCGCUAUAUGCGCCCAGCAACGGGGAUUUCACUUUUGUCUCCUCAGCAGACGCCGAAGAUCUUAGUGGCUCCAUAACAACUCCAGAUGUUAAGCUAAAUCUUGGAGGAGAAUUCAUCAAAGAAUCUUCUGCAACUACAUUCCUAAGACAGAGGGGAUAUGGCUGGCUUCUGGAAGUGGAAGAUGAUGACCCAGAAGAUAACAAGCCACUCCUGGAAGAACUCGACAUUGAUCUGAAGGAUAUUUACUACAAAAUUCGAUGUGUGUUGAUGCCUAUGCCAUCUCUUGGGUUUAACAGGCAGGUAGUGAGAGAUAAUCCAGACUUCUGGGGUCCUCUGGCAGUAGUCCUCUUCUUCUCAAUGAUUUCAUUAUAUGGACAGUUUAAGGUGGUUUCUUGGAUUAUAACUAUUUGGAUAUUUGGAUCCUUGACAAUUUUUUUACUGGCCAGGGUUCUUGGAGGAGAAGUUGCUUAUGGCCAAGUUCUUGGUGUGAUAGGAUAUUCCCUACUUCCCCUCAUUGUCAUAGCACCUGUACUUUUGGUGGUUGGAUCAUUUGAAGUUGUUUCUACCCUAAUAAAAUUGUUUGGAGUCUUUUGGGCUGCAUACAGUGCUGCAUCAUUACUAGUUGGAGAAGAAUUCAAGACCAAGAAACCCCUUCUAAUUUAUCCAAUCUUUUUAUUAUACAUUUAUUUUCUGUCCUUGUACACCGGGGUGUGAUCUAGUACAAGAUGUGGCCAGAAACCGUAUUUUAUUCACUUGCAGACUGAUAAUGCGUAAGAUUAAGGAGGCUGGAGAUAAUACAAGUGACUGUUUUGUAUCCAGUUGUCAAGAUGUUUUAAGACCGAAGAGCAUAUUUGUGUAUAUUAUUUAAUGAAGCAAUUGUAGCUAUAUAGAUUUGUAUCAAAGUUCUAGGUUUGUUUAAGACUCUUCAGAUUUUAAUGAGCAAAAUAAAAGAACCUUGUGUUUUAUAAAAAAGUGUAGCAAAACCAUAACUCGAUACCUGUGCCAAAAGCACUAGGACCAGAUUACUAUACUUGAGGAAAAAAAAAGAGAAGUUAACGGUAACAAUCUCAAAGUGCAGUUUUUCUUUUCAGCUUAAACACAGCUGGCUUUUUUGCCACAGCAAGUUCUGUAGAUGAUAUAUAUUUAUGAAACGGUUCUGAUUGUUCAUGGAAUAGUCUGUAUAAUCAAGACAUGAAGAUACUACUUUUAAUUUAGUGCCUCAGUUACUUUGAUUUGGCUGUUUUGAGUUUUUAUAAAUUCCAAUUUGUUUUCAAACCGUGUAUAUACUGUGUAUUUUGUAUCUAUGGCUUGUGUGUAGCGUAAGUACUCCUUGGUUAAGGAUGUAUAUUGGUUUUUUAAAAAUUGAAGCUACAAGUAUUUGAAGUCUUUAUUUACUAUCUCUGACCAAAGGAGCAAGAUAUUUACCGUGCGACAUAAUGAAUUGGAAUGCAUCUUUAGAGAAUCAAAUUAUUUUACUCAAAACUGUAAAUUUACAGAGAAAUAGGUGAACACCUUUCCCAACUGUAGAGAUGGCUUCAUGUUGCAGGAAAAAAAAAGAUGAUCUUUCAAAUUUGUGUGAUCUUAAAAUAAUGUUAUUUUAUGAUGACAAAAUAAAAGUAAUGCUUCCCUAA